AUGAGUCCCGCACAGAAAGAUAUCACCUCUUGGGCAGACAAGUCGGGAUCAUUCAAGCGACAAACCAGUUCUUUCAGAGAUAUCAUCGAGCCUAAUGGCAAAUAUGCUCCUGAGAAAGGGCGAUACCACCUCUAUGUCAGUUUGGCAUGUCCCUGGGCUCACAGGGCAUUGAUCGUAAGGAAGUUAAAGGGCCUCGAGGAGUUCAUCGACGUAUCCGUGGUCCACCCUCACAUGUUAGAGAAAGGCUGGCACUUUGCCAAAACAUCUUCCAACCCUGCUCCCCAAUCUGAACAUUCCGACGAUACCUUCCCAGCUGCAACCGAAGACCACUUAUUUGGGUUCUCACAUUUGCGUGAACUGUAUUUCAAGGCUCAACCAGAUUACGACGCGAGGUUUACCGUACCUGUCGUAUGGGACAAGAAAACCAAUUCGCUCGUGAAUAACGAAUCUUCCGAAAUCAUCAGAUUCCUCAAUACAGCUUUCAACGAACAACUUUCGGGUCAGCAGAAAGAAUUGGAUUUGUACCCUCAAGAAUUGAGGAAGGAAAUUGACGAACUGAACGAAUGGGUGUAUAACGAUGUGAACAACGGGGUGUAUAAAUCGGGUUUUGCGACUACCCAACAAGCCUAUGAGGAUGCUGUCAAACCGCUUGCUAAAAGCUUACAACGUCUAGAGGACAUUUUGAGCGAUGGAAGAGAGUUCCUGAUUGGUGGAAGGUUGACAGAAGCUGAUGUCAGACUUUACACUACCAUUGUCAGAUAUGAUCCUGUAUACUAUGUUCACUUCAAGUGUAACUUCGGACUGAUCCGACACGAUUACCCACACUUGCACAAAUGGCUUCAACGACUAUACUGGAAUAACCCAGCUUUCAAGGAUACUACCAAUUUCGAACACAUCAAGGAACACUACUACUAUUCUCACAAACAUAUCAACCCCAAUAGGAUCGUGCCGUACGGUCCUAAUGUCGAUAUUGAGCCUCUGAAAUGA